AUGAAAGGAACAAGACAUAUUACAGUAUUUAUAUUUUGUGCAUUUUUAUUGUUACUUGAUUAUGCAACAACUAGCCAAUCAGUCAAUUAUGAUAAUGAAAAAAAACAAAUAAAUAACUUAAAAGAAAGAUUAGAAAAUGUAAGCAAUGAUAUUCCAGAGGAUCUUAAAAAUCACCUAAAAGAUACUUUAAAUUUAUAUAAUAAUUCCCUUGAUGAAGCAACAAACAGUUCAUUAGGUCAACCAAAUAUUUCUACUUUAACACAAGGUAGUGAAAAUAAUACUUUAGGUGUCAGUAGUAAUAAUAAUUUAACAAAUCAAAAUGUUGCAACAGAAUUAAAUGAACAAGAAUGUCAAUCAAUAAAAAAAAUUAUUAAAGAUCUUUUGAAUGCUUCUACAAAUGGAGAAGAUAUUAAUACUCCUUUCUCUACACUUUUUAAAAAUGCAUUAGACAAUGAUGAAUUACGUACUAGUAUCACUAAAUUAACAGAAGCACUAUGUGGACAUACAACAAAUAGUCAUAAUAAUUUAAGGGGAGCUAGCCAAAAUGAUUCAGACUAUUUACAUUCAGUAUUUGAUAAGGCACUUACUCAUUUGGAUAGCUUACAAUAA